CUCGAACGUUUUAAAGCGUUGGAUUAUUUGCAUUCAUCUCCAGAGCUUCCCCCAGACCGUUGAUAUCCACUGUCACAUCAUGCAAGCGGUUCCAGCAAACAAUGGGAAGGCUGCUUCAUACCAGCCGGUGCCAACCAAAACCGAACAGGUGUUGAAAGAAGUCAAUGAAACUGUCGAUAUUGCCCAAGAUAAUAUCCAAAAGCUCAUGGCACGAGGGGAGAAUCUCGAACAGCUACAGGGGAAAACAGAGAACCUCGCAACGCAAGCGAAUCGGUUCAAAAAGUCUGCCAAAGAAGUGCGAAGAAAAAUGUGGUGGCAGAAUGUCAAAAUGCAAGUCUGUCUGGCCUGUCUUGUGCUGUUCUUGCUAGCGGUGGUGAUCCUGAUCGUCCUGUGGCAAACUGGCGCAUUGAGAUCAGCCGGGUCGUCCGCUCCUGUGGCAGCAACCCCUCUGCCUUCUACUCAGUGAAACUUGCGGUGGAGAGAUUGACUGUUGUAUAUUGUCUGACAUGUAUUCUGGAUUAAUUUUGUAUAUAGUUGUGGAGUUGCUUAAUUUCGGGAUGUUUAAUACGGAGACUGUCAACUUUGACCAAAUUGGGAUUUGGUAGAUAUUACGGACUGCUGGCCACCGACUCGCUACAACUAAUAGAUAGGAUUGCAAUUGGAGCACGG